UACAAUAUUGACCUUUCAAUGAUCCCUUACCUAACGUCAUUCGUCAGGUUUGAACGCAAUCGUCAGCCACAGGGAUCAGAGUUCACUCACGGUAAUAGCCCUCUCUUCGAUGCCGCACAACAAGAGCUUGAGUCAUGCUACCGUUUCUGUUUUCAGUCUCUGCUGGUUGACUUAGCUCAGUAUCACACUCUCUGCGAGACCUAUGACUUUCUCGGAGUUGAUGGACUGGGCAGUCAGACCAUCGACCAUGUUUUCGUUGACCUUCGGGCCUGGAAAACAGACUACGAGCUUGAAUAUAAGCGUUACCGCGCUAUCAAUGGUGAUAAGACCUUAGCACGAGAUGCAGCGUUCCGACUUUUCUUUCUGAUACUUGCAGGCGAGCUUGGGGACGAGGCAAAUGACAGUGCGAAAGCCUACAAUGCGGUGCUAUUUAUUGUGCCCCAUCCAGGUACUUUUAAAUAUCGCACCAGAACAAUACUGCGUGCGGAUGAGGGUUUUGACUGA